UGGGACCCCAGCUAAAUUAAUUUAUAAUGUAGUCAUUUUUAAGAAAGAAUAUAAAGGCCCCAUUUUCAUAUAUCAGAGAGUUCCUUCCAAUUCAUGUGAUCACCUUCUUUUGUUUCUUCUCAGUUGAAGUUGUUGAACUUAACGCCAUAGCUAUGGAGGACCAGGAGACGCCUAAUGGAUGGCCUCUUGGGCUUGAGAUUAUGAACAUAAGAUUUAGAGUGGUGGAAAGCCUAUCAGCAGCUGCGGAACCCUACUCUUUGCAUGUACCCUCUGCUAGUUUCUCGUCCUUUACAUCCUCCAACCUUGACACUGAGUCCACAGCAUCCUUCUUCCAAGACCACAGUGUGCCGUUGGGCAGGCUAAUUGGGAUAAGACCAGGUAAUGGAGGACGUUUGUAUUUUGCAAACUCAUUUCGCUUUGAAGAACAUGCGAGGAUAGCUAGAGAAGGUACACAUUCUAACGUCUCAAGAGGAGGACGCGAAGUAGAUAUGUGCAGAGGGAUUUGCAUACCAAUAUUGCUUGGUGCUUUAGUGAAGAUGAGCCGAAGCAAAAGCAAGUGUAAGAGUUGAUGUUUGAACUUUGAUUGCAUAAACUAAUCACAUGUUUACAAACUAUUCACACAAGGAAAAUAAACUUGCAUAACAUGUAUCGAUUUCCUGCUGUCCAUUUGUUGAUAGCGACAGAGUUACUCCCUGUAACUUACUCAAAAUUUUAUCUCAAUCAUCAUUGGAGUUAAAAGAUCAUGAUGGUUACCCUUUUAUUAUC